AUGGCGGCCUUCACGGGCCAUUCUGCAGAGCCAUGCUACACUCCACAGCCAGAUCCACACUAUGAAUUGAGACUUCUCAUGGAGCAGUUUGCUCGAGACUGUGAUAGAACAUGCUCCAGGAUGGAUCAUUGUGUCCAGGCCUAUCGUGAAACAGAGGAGAUCCUCCUGAGCCUUAAGAAGAGCGUCGAUGAUCUUGAGCGAUCUUGGGCACAGCCUGCUCCAGAUCACCCUUCUGCUACCAUACAAGAAGAGGAGGAGGAAGAAGAAGGCUACAAGGACAUUGUGGAGCACACUGAAGUUGUCACGGAGAGCUCCAGUGAUGAUCAUGAUCAGGAGUGUCCUGUCAUAGCCGACCACACCUUCCCACACCCCAAACUGCGCUUUGAAGAGGCGGGCAUGAGUGAGGAGUUGCAAGAAGAUCUCAUGAAAGAAAUUGCUUGGCAACUUGCUCUCCAAUCCGUGCUAGAAGAAGAAGAGCAACAAAGGGUGCAGAAAGAAGUUGUGGAGGAUGACGAAAGUGAAGCAGGAGGAGUUCUUGAUCAUUUCCCAGGGGUGAUACCACAUGAAGAAGAAAGGGGGGUUGAAGAAGCAAUUGGCGUCCAGGCUGAGGACGGAGUUAAGGUGGAAGAGGCCUGCACCGGCCAUGAGUUACAUGUGAUAUCUCCACCAAACUUCGAGGAACUGCUUAGCAAGGACCCAUUUGCAGUGUCUCUUUGCCAGACCAAGGCCACCUCGACAUCGGUCCCUCUUGGUGGACGCGAUGGUGGCCAAUCGAUGCUGUCAUAUCUGGUUUGGGGCAAUGAGACGAGAGAAGAGAAGGAGAGGUCUCGAGGGUGGAGACUUCAUCUGCAUCAAGUACAUGAGCCUUCAUCACCUGCCACACCACAUGCUCGUGACUUGAGACUCCACCUCAUCGACGAGAACCUCAACUUCAAGGAGGUUCUAGCAUGGACCGAAACUUAG